CCAAAAUCUCUCCUCCCUCUCCACCUCUCUAUACAUCCAUCAUCUCAUUGUUUCUAAAGCUUUUCCUUCUCUCUCUCGACCUUGAAUAUUUAUAUUGUGCAACAAAUGGCAAAGGGUCCCAAGCUCAAUAAGUUCAAGUCAGUCCUCAAGAAGCUCAACUCCUUUGGCAACCACCGCCUAAGCCGCCAAAACAACGCCGUCUCCCCGACCGCUGCUGCCGCCAUUGCUGCUGCUGCUUCAGAUGACGAAUCCAACAACUCAACAACCUACCGUUCAGAUUCCUUCGAAGAUCUCCGUCCCGUGUAUGUUGGCAAAUCUCGCCGCCGCUACCUAGUGGGCCCGGAGGUCGUCCACCAUCCACUUUUCCUGGAACUUGUGGAGAGGUCUGGAGGACACAGUGAAGAUGACUCCAGCUCGAUCCAUGUGGUGGCCUGCGAGGUGGUGCUGUUUGAACACCUGCUGUGGAUGCUGGAGAAUGCGGACGAGUCCAUGGAUGGACAGCUCGUGGACUUCUAUGCGUGCUGAUCAUCGACUACUACAUAUGACCAAGCAAAUUCUUGCCUGCCGGCAUUUACGUACAUAAACCUGGUUUGGGCCAGAAUAUACCUUCCCGGCCGGCAUUCGAUUCACUCGGUAUUAGUCUGUGCAUAUACUUCAUUUCUUAAUUAGAUUCGAUUGAAGGUUUACGGUUACGUGAAUAACUAAAGAUUAGGCGGUGUAGAAAAUUGUGUAAUUUUAUGAGAAGAGAGAAAAAGCCGUGAGGAGAGAGUCAUUGAUGUAUCAUGUAUGUUAACCCCAUUUUCAUGCCGGCUAAUCUCUAGAAUUGUUCUUCUUAGUCACAAUUGUCUUUUUCUGCUGUACAUUUAUUACUUUUCCGGUGAUAAACUCUUAUAUACGUA